AUGUCGCUGAACUUCACCAUCGAAGCGGCCCUACGGCAGGUGCGAAGCACUGCAGUCGCUUGCUCUUUCGCCGACGACAACACGUUUGGUCCAUCGGUUGCCAAACAAUGCCGUGCCUUUGAUUUUACCUUGCUUUUCGAACAAGCGUUUCUCUCCUCCGUGCCUUCCACUCUACUCGUCCUAGGUUGCAUUUUCCGUUUGCGUGGGAUUCUCCGUCAAGAUGUGAAAACACUACGCAGCCAUCUGCAUAGUUCGAAGCUGGUGACCGCCAGCUGCUAUGCAUGCCUACAAUUGGCGUUGUUGGUUGUCGUCGCUCUGCCAUCAACACCACGUACAAGCCUAUCCCUCGCAGCAGCUGCCCUCUCCUUUGCUGGAGCAUUGUCUAUCUGUCUACUGUCGCAUCUGGAGCAUACAAAGUCCAUCCGCCCUUCGGCGCUGCUGAACGCCUACCUGUUCUUUUCGGUACUGUUUGACGCCGUCCAGCUUCGAACACUAUGGGGAAUUCGUGGCUUGGAAACAGUCGCAAGCGUUGUUUCCUCAGCAUUGGCUCUGAAGGUCGUCCUUCUUGUCUUGGAAGCAUGGGAGAAAGACUCUCUGCUUACACCGCCUUACCGCGACACGGCUCCUGAAGCGAAAACCGGCCUCUACAAUCGUAGUCUCUACUGGUGGCUCAAUCAUUUCCUCGCUGUUGGCUUCAGAAAAGCCAUUGCUUUUGAUGACCUGUACAGCCUUGAUGAUGCAUUGUCGUCCAAAGCACUGGCUGAAAAGGCCCAAACAUCCUGGCGAAGAGCAGACAAGACCAAGCAGCAUGCCUUACUCUGGAACACUGUGGCUUGCCUCAAAUGGCCACUACUAGCCCCUGUAAUAUCCAGACUCGCACUGAUUGGUUUCAACUACUCGCAGCCCUUCUUGAUCACCAGGAUCAUCAAUUAUGUCGAUGAUGCUGAAAGAGACAGAAACACCGGCUAUGGACUGAUUGGUGCGGCUGCGAUAAUCUACAUAGGUAUUGCAGUCUCCAAGGGACGCUAUCAGCACGCCAACUUCAGAUAUAUGACCAUGAUUCGGGGCUCGCUCUCUGCCUUGAUAUACGAAAAGACCCUGGAUCUGCGAUACACGGCUUUGGAAGAUGCGAGUCCUGUUAGCCUAUCGACUGAUGUGGAUUAUAUCGUCAACAUCUCGGAGAUACUGCACGAACUAUGGGCAGUAANNAGCACAUUCGAGAUGAUCAUUGCUAUGUAUCUGUUAGGCCGAGGCUCUGGAGUCGGAUGUGUUGCACCAGUAGUGCUCGCUCUAGCUAGCGCAGCCGCAAACGCUUUGUGGGUAGGCCCUCGAAUGAGGAAAUAUCGGCCGAAAUGGAAUGCAGCCAUCCAGCAGCGCGUGGCUUUGACUUCUUCGCUACUCAAAGACAUGAAAGCACUGAAGAUGUUAGGCCUGACAAGCAGGAUGCGGGCUUUGCUCCAGGAUCAGCGCAGGUUCGAGCUCAAGAAGUCCAUUGACGUUCGGAGAUGCAUCAUCUGGCUUAACAUCUUUGGCAACCUGAUGCCGAGUUUUGCGAAAGCCUUUGUAUUGAUGACUGUGGCGUUGCGAGCACGAGAAGACGGUGAUGCACUUGAUGCGGCCACUGCUUAUAGCCUUAUCUCGCUCAUCAACUUGAUUGAUCAGCCCUGGGGGACCGUCACAGCGAGCAUACCUUCUUUCAUGGGAAGCAUUGGCUGCUUUGAGCGCAUCCAGAAGUUCCUACUUGCGGACAAUCAGAGCGAUGAUCGUAUCAUCAUCAGCAGAAACACUCCCGAACUGUCACCAGCAUCAUCUGCCAUAGAACUGCGGGCUAUGCCUGCGAAAGGAGCAAUACAUACUGGUAGUAACGCUAUCACUCUCGAUGAGUGCUCCUUUGGCUACUCUGUCGACACUCCGGCACUCAAAGAUCUCACAUCUACAAUCAAGGGAGGUACCAUCAACAUGAUUGUGGGACCUGUCGGUUCCGGCAAGACUAGCCUCCUCCUUGGUCUGCUUGGAGAGAUUCAAAGUCUGAAGGGAUUUGUCCGUGUGCGCACCGCAGAUGUUGCAUACUGCCAGCAAUCCGCUUGGUUGCCCAACUUGACCAUCAAGAGUAUCAUAACAGGAUCUCUUCCAUACGAUGAAUCCUGGUAUCAGACGGUCGUUUACUCUUGUGGACUCGACUCGGAUAUAUCUCGCUUCAUCGAUCGUGAUGAUACUCUGAUCGGAAGCCGAGGGCUGACUCUGAGUGGUGGACAGCGUCAAAGACUUGCGCUUGCUCGUGCAGUCUAUGCAAGAAAAGCGAUCAUCUUACUUGACGAUAUCUUUAGCGCUCUAGAUGCAAAGACGGAGCAGCUUGUUUUCGAACGCUUGUUAUCAGAGCGAGGUCUUUUCAGAAGGAAUAGUACGACUGUUAUACUUGCGACUCAUGCAGUGCAUCAUUUGCACGCCGCAGACCAUAUCAUUGCACUUGGCAAAGAUGGAGCUAUUGUCGAACAAGGGUCGUUCCGACAGCUUAUGGCCAAGCAGGGCUAUGUCGAAACGCUAGCUAUCGAGCUCCGAGAUCAAUCUAACCACGAAGACGCGGCGAAGUUGACAGAGGAAUUCAAUCGCGAAACGACAGGCGCUGAUGUAAAAGAUAAGUUGACCGCACUUGACCGAAGGUUAGGAGACUUUUCAGUCUACAAAUAUUACGGAAAGCGUGUAGGACUGGCUUUGCUCAUGGCCUUUCUUGCCUGUCAGUUCAUAAAAAUUAGCCUCAUGUCUCUUCCAGAGGAUCAGGGUGCUCAAAUGAGCAUGUACAUCUCUGUCAUGUUCGUCAUCGCAUUCUGUAGUCUGAUCUUCGUUUACGUUGCUCUGUGGUAUGUCUCUUCCGCUGCCUCAAACCGGAAUGUAGUUGAACAUGUCCAGGNNGUCAUAAUGAUCAAGAUGGUCCCCCAAAGCGGAUUGAGGUUCCAUUGGACACUGCUUUCCACAAUCACCGCCGCACCACUCAGCUACUUUACGAAGACCGACGCUGGAGUCAUUCUCAACCGCUUCAGUCAAGAUAUGACCAUCGUUGACAGCGCUCUACCGGUAGCACUUCUUCAACUCAGCGGCGUCAUGUCCGAAAUCGUCUGGCAGGGUGCUUUGAUAUGCUACGGCGCGUACUACCUCGUAGCAUUUAUUCCUUUCGUUGUUGCAGUACUUUACGCGAUCCAGAAGUUCUAUCUUAGGACGAGUCGCCAGCUGCGUCUGUUGGAUCUGGAGAUGAAGUCGCCACUGUUUACACACUUCUCAGAGACUCAGGAAGGUUUGGUCACGAUCAGAGCUUUCCAAUGGCAGUCUAGCUUCCACGCCGGUUUCAUCGAAAAGUUGGACGCAUCGCAGAGACCGUACUACCUACUCUACAUGAUCCAGCAAUGGUUGGGACUCUGCUUGGCUCUUGUAGUCGCCGGUAUAGCCAUCGUGUUGGUCGCAUUUGCAACACAAUUCAUGCAUCAGUCUUCUGGUGGACAGAUUGGUGUGGCUAUGAUCUCUGUCAUGGGAUUCAGCUCUAGUCUUGCUGCGCUUAUAUCGCAUUGGACAAACCUGGAAACAUCGAUUGGGGCUGUUGCACGUCUCAAACAGCUAGAGCUUGAAGUCAAGCCAGAGGACCUGCCUUCUGAAUGCGAGAUACCGCGCUCUUCAUGGCCAGAAGCAGGUGCUGUUGUCUACGAAGGUGUAUAUGCAGGUUACGGAGAUGGCAAGCCAGAUGUUUUACAUGAUAUAUCUCUCGCCAUUCGCCCAGGCGAGAAGAUAGGCAUCUGCGGCAGGACAGGGUCGAGCAAAUCGACCUUGAUCUCUCUGCUCUUCAGACUUCUAUCCACUGGAGCCGGUGUCGUGGCUAUUGACGGCAUUGACCUGUCAACCCUUCCUCGCCAGAAGAUCAGAGAGUCGGUCAUUGCGAUCCCUCAGGAGCCCUAUAUUCUAGCCGGCACUGUUCGCUUCAAUGCGGCACCUCACUCUGCACCCUUCUCUUCACUCGACACUGAUGCAUUCGAGAAUGCCGUCACCGACACAGCCAUCAUUGCCGCGCUUGAAAGAGUGGAUCUUUGGGACCUGAUUGCUCGUCGCGGCGGACUCAACACUCCAAUAUCUGAUCUCGGGCUCAGUCACGGCCAGAAACAAGUCUUUUGUCUUGCUCGAGCCAUACUCAGAAAACAGACUUCGAAGCUGUUGAUCUUGGACGAGGCUACCUCUAGUGUGGACAAGCAUACUGACGAGCUUAUGAGACGAGUCAUUGAGGAUGAAUUCGAUGAACAUACGGUCAUCAGUGUAGCACAUAGAUUGAGCAGUCUUGCUGGCUGCGAUCGAGUUGUCGUCAUGGAUGAAGGUAAGAUUGUAGAGAUGGGACAGCCAGGUGCUUUGACGGAAGUGGAAGAGGGUUGGUGGAGGAAGUUGUGGGAGGCGCAGAAUUAG